UGCUUCCUCUUUGAAAAUGUUGCAAGUUUGGGAGACAUAGAAGCUGCGGACGUUCUUAUGAUCCAGAUCAGCUACACAGAGGUUCCCUUUAAUUCUGGACCGUGUGCCUACUCUCUCCAGGAAAGAAAAAGGGCGCAGCAGCCAAUCUGGCACAGGGAGAGGAGCUGCAGUGGAGAGGUCUGUUUUGAUGCAGCCCUCUAGAGCUCUCUAAAGUUAGCUGUCUGGGCAGGACAAGGGGAGCUGCUAUUUGGAGAAUUGGCACCUGCUGGCAUGUGGUGCCCUCCUCUGCCAGUGUGAGACACCAAUCAGCUGGGGAUGCCCAUCACUACAUUGGGGGAACUGCCUGUUAAUUUUACUAGGAGGAGAGCUCCCCUGCAGGAGGGAUCUGUGGGGGUACAGCUGGCACUGAGUGGUGCCUAUGUCUGAGUAAAAGCUGACAGUCCAGGGGGGGCACGUGUGUUCUCUGAUAAUGGGCACUGGGAUCUGCAGCAGGAGGCAGAAGGGUCUCCUCCACACCGCUUUCUGUCUCUUAGCCCUGAUGGUUCUAGCAAGUGGAGCCUUUCUAUAUAACUAUAUAGUGGAGAAAGCCAGGGAAUCAGAGGCUCAGACUGUAAAAUUUAAGCAGCAGCAAGAAACCCUCUCAGCACAGCUGCAAGUUGUGUACGAACAUCGCUCAAGGCUGGAGAGGUCAUUACAGAAGGAGAGAGGAGAACACAAGAAAACUAAAGAAGACUUUUUGGUGUAUAAGUUAGAGGCUCAGGAGGCUUUAAAUAAAGAGAAGCAAGAUUCAAUGAAUCGGUACGGAGCACUGAAUUCCCAGCACAACAUACUCAAGAACCAACAUGUCGACUUGAAAAAGCAGCUGACUGACUUGCAAGGUGAGCACAGCAAUCUGAAGCUGGAGCAUCGAAAAGCUUCAGAGACUCACAAUCAGAGGGUCUCCCAACUAGAAAGGGAAAAGGACAAUGUAAUUACAGGGCUGCAAGAUACUAUUGUCAAACUCAGAGAAGAAAGCAAACUCCUCAGGAAAGCUCACCAGGAUGUCCACUCACAACUUCUCAGUGCUCAGGUCCAGGUGGAUGAAUUCCGUCAGCUGAAGAAUGCAUUGAAGAAAAUGCCAAGUUUCAAGGACCAUGAUGUAGACACAAACAAUCAAGUUCUGACAUCAGCGAGAAAGGUUUUUAAUGUCAAUGAAGCACCGGUUCUGCAGAAUAAGAAGCCUGAGGCACUUCUUCACAUCCCUGGAAAGACCUCUUUACCCACUAAAAAACCUCGACCCAGUGAAAAUCAGUCUCCAUCAAAAAACAAUUCUGUGCCUGCAUCACUGAACUUGCUUCCCCCCAGGCCGCAGACUUUAAACACAAGUGAAAGUCACCUGAUCAGAGUCAUCAGGGCCGUUAAUAACCUACCAAAUGACAAGAAGAAAGAAGAGAAAGCAGUGGUACCACAAAAUAAAGUUCCACAAGUACAGCAGAACAAGGUGCCGCAGCAGAAACCACAGGACAAGGAGCAACAACCCAACAAGGUUCCUGAGAAGAAAGAUGUCCCACAUCCUGUUGUCUUGAAUUAUCCAAAGCCUAUAGUUAGCUCCCUGACUGUCAAUAAGCCGGUGCCUAUUCAGAGCUGGCAAGACAUAGUUAAAAAGGUAAAUGAGAGAAAAAAUGAAGAGGAUAUUGAUGAGAAAAUAGGUGGGGAGGAUGAAAACCAUGGCCACAUAAUGGAUAUGAAAGAAGUACGGCAUCCUUCUAUCAACCUGGACGGAAGAGGUGGACGUCCAGCAAAGCCGAAGAAUGAAGCAAGGGAAGAGAUGGAAAGGGAUGCCGGGAUGAUUGACGGGAAAGAAAACCUGCAGUCUCCAAAGCAGCACGUAUUGCAGGAACCAUUGAUCCCACAGGACGGUGCAGAUCCUGCCAAAGAUCCCAAUAAUCAGGGUGAAGACGAAUUUGAGGAGGCCCAGAUAGACGAGAGAGAUUUUGAGGAGAAAACAGAAGGUUUAAAGAAAACGAAUCCACAAAUAUCUGGAAAAAAAAAUGAGGGUGAAGUGGUUGCAGCCAUGUCCCAAGAAGAAGCAGAGGAACACUAUCAAGACGACCAAGAGGAGGAUAUUCAGGAACAUGGCGGUGAGGAACUAGACAAUGUUGAAGACUUGGAGCAAGAUCAGAAGAAAGAGAUGGAGAGAGACAAUGCAAAAACUCGUAGACAUGAAUAUUACGGACUUCUUACAUGAACAUAAUUGCAACUCUGGGACCUCCACAAAUAAAAACAUGGGAUAGGGCACGCAAGGAGAAAACUGGGACCGGCCCUAAAACUAACACCGUAAAGUAUACUACAGGAUUCCGAGAACUGAAGCCAACGUGCUACAUGACCGGUUCUUAUUUUGCUUCCGUUUCAAACACAUUUUUUGUAUCUGUAAACCGAGAGGAUGUAUAUUUUCAUUGUCUCUUUUGCCAGCAGACCAUGACUGCUCAUCCCUUGUCAUGUAUACUAGUUUUGGACUUCUAUAUAAGGAAGAUCUUGCUUAAAGGGAUUUAAGCACUAAGGAUUAGCCUUCACAUAAGCGCUUGUCCACUGUAAAUCCAAAUUCUUAGUGUGCAAUACACAUUAAAAAAAAAAAAAAAGUGUUUUAUUUUAAGUGUUUUA